UCGUCCCGAACCGAGCAAGCUAGACGUCUGGGCAGCCCCAACGCUGCGCGCAGCAGCCUUCCUCCGCUUCCUUCACAGUGCGCUAGCCCCCGGGCUGGCCAGGGCGCCUGGAGUGUGUCCCGGAGGCCACCGCCUCCCAGGCAGACUACAGUUCACCUGGACGGGCGCCUGAGUUCCAGGUCGCGUCGCUGCCGACGCAGUCGCCGCGCAGCCCGUGGGACUCCGUCUGAAUCGGAUUAAUCCCGGAGAGCUCGAAGUUAGCCUCUCCUGGGCAGAGAUGCGACCCUCGGGGACCAUGGGAACCGCGCUGCUUUUGCUACUGGCCGCGCUCUGCGCCGCAGGUGGGGCCCUGGAGGAAAAGAAAGUUUGUCAAGGCACAAGUAACAGACUCACCCAACUUGGCACUUUCGAAGACCACUUUCUGAGCCUGCAGAGGAUGUUCAACAACUGUGAAGUGGUCCUUGGGAACUUGGAAAUAACCUACGUGCAGAAGAAUUAUGACCUUUCCUUCUUAAAGACCAUCCAGGAGGUGGCUGGUUAUGUGCUCAUUGCUCUCAACACCGUGGAGAAGAUCCCUCUGGAGAACCUGCAGAUCAUCAGGGGGAACACUUUAUAUGAGAACACCUAUGCCUUAGCUGUCCUAUCCAACUAUGGGGAAAACAAAACCGGGCUUAGAGAACUGCCCAUGCGGAACUUACAGGAAAUCCUGACUGGCGCUGUGCGAUUCAGCAACAACCCCGUCCUCUGCUACGUGGAUACCAUCCAGUGGAGGGACAUCGUGCAGGAUAUCUUUCUGAGCAACAUGUCAAUGGAAUCACAAAACCAACCGAGAAGCUGCCAAAAAUGCAAUCCGGGCUGUCCAAAUGGAAGUUGCUGGGGAGGAGGAGAAGAGAACUGCCAGAAAUUGACCAAAAUCAUCUGUGCCCAGCAAUGUUCCCGGCGUUGUCGUGGCAGGUCCCCCAGUGACUGCUGCCACAACCAGUGUGCCGCUGGGUGUACGGGGCCCAGAGAGAGUGACUGUCUGGUCUGCCACAGGUUCCGAGACGAAGCCACAUGCAAAGACACCUGCCCACCGCUGAUGCUGUACAACCCCACCACCUACCAGAUGGAUGUCAACCCGGAAGGGAAGUACAGCUUUGGAGCCACCUGUGUGAAGAAAUGCCCCCGAAACUACGUGGUGACAGAUCACGGCUCGUGUGUCCGGGCCUGCGGUCCUGACUACUAUGAAGUGGAGGAAGAUGGUGCUCGCAAGUGUAAAAAGUGUGACGGGCCCUGUCGCAAAGUUUGUAAUGGCAUAGGCAUUGGCGAAUUUAAAGACACACUCUCCAUAAAUGCGACUAACAUCAAACACUUCAAAUACUGCACUGCCAUCAGCGGGGACCUUCAUAUCCUGCCAGUGGCCUUUAAGGGGGAUUCCUUCACACGGACCCCUCCUCUAGACCCACAGGAACUAGAUAUUCUAAAAACCGUAAAGGAAAUAACAGGGUUUUUGCUGAUUCAGGCUUGGCCUGAAAACUGGACGGACCUCCAUGCUUUUGAGAACCUAGAAAUCAUACGUGGCAGAACAAAGCAACACGGUCAGUUUUCUCUUGCGGUUGUUGGCCUGAACAUCACAUCAUUGGGAUUGCGUUCCCUCAAGGAAAUAAGCGAUGGAGACGUGGUCAUUUCAGGAAAUCGAAACUUGUGCUACGCAAAUACAAUAAACUGGAAAAAAUUCUUUGGGACUUCCAAUCAGAAAACCAAAAUCAUGACCAACAGAGCCCAGAAUGACUGCAAAGCCACAGGCCACGUCUGUAAUCCUCUGUGCUCCUCGGAAGGCUGCUGGGGCCCUUCGCCCAGGGAUUGUGUCUCCUGCCAGAACGUCAGCAGAGGCAGGGAGUGCGUGGAGAAGUGCAACGUCCUGGAGGGGGAGCCGAGGGAGUUUGUGGAGAAAUCUGAGUGCAUCCAGUGCCACCCAGAAUGUCUGCCGCAGGACAUGAACAUCACCUGUACAGGCCGGGGGCCAGACAACUGCAUCAAGUGUGCUCACUACAUUGACGGCCCACACUGUGUCAAGACCUGCCCAGCUGGGAUCAUGGGGGAGAACAGCACGCUGGUCUGGAAGUAUGCAGACGCCAACAAUGUCUGCCACCUCUGCCAUCCAAACUGUACCUAUGGAUGUACUGGGCCAGGUCUCCAAGGAUGCCCACUACCAAGGCCCAAGAUCCCAUCCAUUGCCAUAGGGAUUGUGGGUGGCCUUCUCUUCAUAGUUGUGGUGGCCCUUGGGAUUGGCCUAUUUAUGAGACGACGCCACAUUGUCCGAAAACGUACCCUACGCCGCCUACUUCAGGAGAGAGAGCUCGUGGAACCGCUCACACCCAGUGGAGAAGCUCCCAACCAAGCCCUCUUGAGGAUCUUAAAGGAAACAGAAUUCAAGAAGAUCAAAGUUCUGGGUUCCGGAGCAUUUGGCACAGUGUAUAAGGGUCUCUGGGUUCCAGAAGGUGAGAAAGUCAAAAUCCCUGUGGCCAUCAAGGAGUUAAGAGAAGCCACGUCUCCAAAAGCCAACAAGGAAAUCCUUGAUGAAGCGUAUGUGAUGGCCAGUGUGGACAACCCUCAUGUGUGUCGCCUCCUGGGCAUCUGCCUGACCUCCACCAUCCAGCUCGUCACACAGCUGAUGCCCUAUGGCUGCCUCCUGGACUAUGUCCGAGAGCACAAGGACAACAUCGGCUCUCAGUACCUACUCAACUGGUGUGUGCAGAUUGCAAAGGGCAUGAACUAUCUGGAAGAUCGGCGCUUGGUGCACCGUGACUUGGCAGCCAGGAAUGUCCUGGUGAAGACCCCACAGCAUGUCAAGAUCACAGAUUUUGGGCUGGCCAAACUGCUCGGUGCUGACGAGAAAGAAUACCAUGCCGAGGGAGGCAAAGUGCCGAUCAAGUGGAUGGCCUUGGAAUCAAUUUUACACCGAAUUUAUACACACCAAAGUGACGUCUGGAGCUAUGGAGUCACUGUGUGGGAACUGAUGACCUUUGGGUCCAAGCCUUAUGAUGCAAUCCCUGCUAGUGAGAUCUCCUCCAUCCUGGAGAAAGGAGAACGCCUUCCACAGCCGCCUAUCUGCACCAUUGAUGUCUACAUGAUCAUGGUCAAGUGCUGGAUGAUAGAUGCCGAUAGCCGCCCAAAGUUCCGAGAGUUGAUUCUCGAAUUCUCCAAAAUGGCCCGAGACCCCCAGCGCUACCUUGUUAUUCAGGGGGAUGAAAGGAUGCAUUUGCCCAGCCCGACAGACUCCAACUUUUACCGAGCCCUGAUGGAUGAAGAGGACAUGGAAGAUGUGGUUGAUGCCGAUGAGUACCUCAUCCCACAGCAAGGCUUCUUCAACAGCCCAUCCACAUCUCGGACUCCGCUCUUGAGUUCUCUGAGUGCAACCAGCAACAAUUCCACUGUGGCAUGCAUUAAUAGAAACGGGCAGAGCUGUCGUCUCAAGGAAGACAGCUUCUUGCAGCGGUACAGCUCCGACCCCACUGGUGCCUUAACAGAGGACAGCCUAGAUGACACGUUCCUCCCUGCGCCGGAAUAUAUAAACCAGUCUGUCCCCAAAAGGCCAGCAGGCUCUGUACAGAACCCUGUCUAUCACAAUCAGCCCCUGCAUCCAGCAGCUGGCAGGGACCUGCAUUAUCAAAAUCCCCAUAGCAACGCCGUGGGCAACCCUGAGUAUCUCAACACUGUCCAGCCUACCUGUGUCAGCGGUGGAUUUGACAGCCCUGCCCUCUGGGCUCCCAAAGGCAGCCAUCAAAUGAGCCUGGACAACCCUGAUUACCAGCAGGACUUCUUUCCCCAGGAAGCCAGGCCAAACGGCAUCUAUAAGGGCCCCACGGCUGAAAAUGCCGAAUAUCUACGCGUAGCACCAACAAGCACUGAGUUUAUUGGAGCCUGACAUGGAGGGGUGUCACACCAGCUAUAAAAUCUCCAGACUUACCGUUACCCCAGGACCAAGCCAUGGCAGCACCUCCAAACAGCCAUGCCCAUGUUGUGCCAAAUGUCAGACCCUAGGACUGGUUUGCAACAGUAACUUUGAUGGACUCUGUCUUUGAGCCGAGCAGUGGGCCCCUCCCAUGACGUGCUUUGGGAAGUUGAAGGUACAUUUUUUUUUAAUCCUUCAAACUGUGAAGAUUCUACAAAAAGGCAUCCAUCAUGAAUGUAGUCCAUUGGGACGGAAGUUUACCUCAUGGUGAGGUGCACGGGGAAGAAAACACACAUUUGGAGAUUUGCUGCACAGGGACCUUUGGAUUCUUAUUUUCUUUAUUGAUUUGAUUCAUGGGCUCUUCCAAGAAGGAAGGUGCUUACUUGCGGUAUGUAUUACACAGAGUUGCCCGGUGCCAACUGUGACCAGUUGAUUCCACAAGCUCUGCUUUGAGACAUUUCUGUGGCAAGACAACUACAUAUACAAGAAGGCCUGCGUGCCUCAGAAGGCCUGUGUGCCUCAGAAG